AUGAAUAUAAACGAUGAGUCAUCAACAGAUUACUUCUUAAAUCCGGGUCUUCAAACACCCAGGAUAAACAAAAGAGUAAGAUCUGAAGGUGAACACUCAGAUGAUUGUGAAACAGUUAUUAUUCCACCUGAAAAAAUUUCGCUAGUCAUUAAUAAUUCGAACCAACAACAACAAGCUUCAACAACGCAACGGAACGAAUAUCCACCAAUCACAAUUGAAUUCAAAUCUGCUCAUAGCAAAACAGAUAGAAAAUUGAUAGAAGAACUAAUUAAAGAAUGGAGAAUUAAAAAUAAUAAAAAUAUUGAUAUUAUCGGAAGAUUCGGGUACAAAAACGUACUUCUGGUCUUUCCACGAAAUUUCUCAACUCUUGAUGAUUUACUUGAAACAGGAAGAUGGCCAGAUAGAAUCGCCGGCAGCAACUAUGUAAUUAAAUAUCCAAAAAUUCUACCUGCGACAUACUCAUUAAUCAUACAUGAUUUUCAAUCAACAUGGAAUGAAGAUGAAACAACAAAAGAAUUACAAGAAAAAUGUGUGACUUUAAGAAAAUUAACUCGUCUUGUAACACGUGAAGGUAGACCAAUGAAUACUGUACGUACCGAUUUUAUCUCGACGCAAGCUGUCAAGCAGCUUUUGAAUCAAGGCGAAAUCGAAAUAAAUUGUACGAAACUUCGCAUUCGACCAUAUUUUUCACCAAUAAAAAUUAAUAAAUGUCGAAAAUGCUUCAAGCACCCAGGAUAUGGUGACUUUCCCGCAUAUUCCCUGGAGUAUCCUACGGGAUCCGGUGACCGGAAUGUUCGACCUGAGUAUGAUCAUUUUACAAGUCAAUGCACAAGUCUACAAUUGUGCUUUCGAUGUGGCCAACAUCAUCCAUUAAAAGAAGGAUGUAGUAACGAAAUAAAAUGUGUCAAUUGUCAACAACAUCAUUAUUCAGGACAUUCGUCAUGUCCAGUUGUUCAGCAAAAAAGAAAACAACUGUCUGAGCAGCAUCAAAAACCACAAAAAAAACAUGAAAAUGUUGACCAAAUGAUAAUGGCAAUGUCAGAAUCAAUCAACCAACAGUUAUCAAGCUUUACAUCAACAAUCACAUCACAAAUUACCGAAGUAUCAAAGAAAUUAAAUAUAUUCAAUGACAGAAUACAAAAUCUUGAACAACAAAUUGAUAAAUCAAUUAUGCCAGCAAUAAGUGAGUUGUCUAAACCCGUGUAA